UUCUUCAAUUACAUGUUUAUUGUUGUGAUGUGUUCUCCGUUGCUCUCUUCGCUCUUUUCUCUUCAAGCUGCUUCAAUCCUGAAUUCCUCAUCUACGUGAAUCUCUGUGUGUUUCUCUCUUCAUCAAGUUUCAAUUUUGAUCACAAUACCCCCUUGACUCCCUCUCCAAUCCCUUUAUUCAAAACAGAAAAGAAUUAAAAAAAAAAAAAAAAGAGAAACAGAAGAACAAAAAGAAAGAAAUGGGUUGCACUGUGAGGGAAAAGCACAUCAGAGCGAAUCGGAGGCCCCGAUCAUCAUCGAAACCCGAUUCUGAUUCGUGCGACAGAGACCCGAUUUCCAAAUCUAUAGCUGAGUCUGGCCUCAAGCCCUUCAGGUACCAUCACCAUGUGCCUCCCAACAACAACAACAACGAACCUUCUUCUACCCAGAACACGAACCCUAACUCCGAUGAAACGGGUUGGGGUUACUGCACGGAGGAACAGUUGGAGGAGAUCCUCUUGAAGAACCUCGAAUUCAUUUACAACGAAGCGGUUUCCAAGCUCGUCGCUUUGGGUUACGAUGAGGACGUUGCGGUCAAAGCUAUUUUGAAAAACGGCCAUUGCUACGGCGGAAUGGAUGUUCUCACCAACAUACUACAUAAUUCGUUAGCCUACUUGAAUAAUAAUAAUAACAAUAAUAAUAAUAAUAGUGCUGGAAAUGGUGGGAAUUUGGACGAGAGUGAGGCUGCUUUCUCUGAUUUGAGGCACUUGGAGGAGUAUUCUCUUGCUGGUAUGGUGUGUUUGUUGCAACAGGUGAGGCCUCAUUUGAGCAAAGGUGAUGCAAUGUGGUGUUUGCUAAUGAGUGAUCUUCAUGUUGGUAGGGCCAGCACUAUGGAGAUUCCGGUCCCGGGAAGUGGGUACCCGAGUACUGCCACUGUGGCUGCCACGGUUGAAGGUGGUGGUAAUUCGGUGGUAGUUGGUGAUGGUGGUGGCAAUUCGGCGGUUGGUGGUGGUGGUGUUAUGGCUCCUGCAUUGUGUAGGUUUCAUGGUGGUUGGGGAUUUGGGAAUGGGGCAGGCUCAGGGUUUCAGGCGAAUGGGUUGUUCUCUUAUGGUGCUGCUGAGAUGAAUUUGCAUCUGCAAAGGGAUAUUGAGUUCCCUAAGAGGUUUAAUCUUUCGCCUUCCAUGAAAUCAUUGUUGAAGAGGAAUGUGGCUGCGUUUGCUGCUGGUUUUAGGGCGAAUUCGAAGCAAUUGCAGACUCAGGCUCAGGUGAAGGCCUUUUCUGGUAGUGCUUCUGUGUCGAAGUUGGAUUCUCCGGCUGUGAAUGGGGCUGAAGCACUGGUUGAGCAGCCUGGACAGGUGGGAGAAUCUCAGAAUGUUGAUAGCCAAGAUGCUGUGAAUUCAGUGCUGAGUAAGUUUCGUGAUCUUAAUCUUGAUGAGAAUUUGGAGCUUGUGGCAGAGGAUCAGAAGGAUGAGGUGAUAGUCACUUUGUUUCAUCAGAUCAAGGAUCUUGAGAAACAGGUCAAGGAGCGAAAAGAUUGGGCUCAUCAGAAGGCAAUGCAAGCUGCGAGAAAGCUAAGCAGUGAUCUUACUGAGCUCAAGAUGUUGAGGAUGGAAAGAGAGGAGACUCAGAGAUUGAAGAAAGGGAAACAGGCACUCGAGGACACCACCAUGAAGAGGCUCUCAGAGAUGGAAAAUGCUUUGAGAAAGGCUAGUGGUCAAGUGGACCGUGCGAAUGCAGCCGUGAGGAGACUAGAGACAGAGAAUGCAGAAAUUAAAGCAGAGAUGGAGGCUUCCAAGUUAAGUGCAUCAGAGUCCGUGACAGCUUGCUUAGAGGUUGCAAAAAGGGAGAAAAAAUGCUUAAAGAAGCUUCUUGCUUGGGAGAAACAGAAAGCUAAGCUGCAGCAGGAGAUUGCUGAUGAAAAAGCAAAGAUAUCGGAGACACAAGAAGUCUUGGCUCAGAUUAGACAGCGCCAAAAAGACGCGGAGGAUGUAAGAAGAGCGGCUUAUAAUUUAAGACAAAGAAGGAUGGAAGAAGAGAGGUUUAUAACACUCGAUCAGGCGGGGAAAAAGAGGAACGAAUCAGAGAGAAGACAGAGGGAGCAGACUUAAGCAGCGGUGGUGAUCUGCGGCGAUGAUCUGCAGCUGCGAUCUGCAGUGGCGACGGCUUCAUUUCUUCCUUGAGCUGACUGCACUUCCAGCAGCAGAGAGAACGACAGAGAGGGAAGAAGGAGAUGGAGGAAGAAGAGUUGGAGUCGGAUGGUGGUGCCUGGCAUGCCGCCGAUGGCUCUUCUGGCAGCACCCCAGCAGUGCAGCAGAGAGGGAUUCCGAGAAAGAUAGAAGAGAUUUUUGGGUUGGUGCCGGAGGAAGAGACUGUUUCUGAGUGAAAGUUCCUGAGAAAGAUGAUAUCUUGCUUUUAGAGUUUUCUAAAUUACCGAAAUGACCCUCAAAUUCAAAAAAACUUGCAACAAAACCUGCCAUUCAUGUUGUAGAUCGCCAUGGUGUUGCUGCGAUUGCGGCCACCAUGGUGUUGCUGCAAUUACAGUUGCCAUGGUGUUGCUGCAAUUGUGGUUGCCAUUGCGGGCAGGGUGAUUCUGACACCGCAACAGCCUUUACACUGAUUGGAAAUCCCUAAUUUUGUGCAUACAGAGGCUUCAUCUUCCUCAACCGUGAGUGCUGCAACAAACCCUAAAAAUUUGCCUGUGUGAUGGCAGUGAAUCUAACUCUCCCUCAAUAAGUGGAUGCAUCGUACAGCUGGAUUUUAGUCAGCGUAAAACACGGAUUUUUGAGUGAGGGUAGAAGUGUAAAACAAACAUUUAAUUCCUCAAUUAUGUGAAGGGAGAGCUGCAGAAAACCCUAAAACUUUGCCCCUAUGUGUGAUGGGUCACGGGAAUCCAGUUCUCCCUCAAUAGGUGGAUACGUCAUACAGCUAGAUUUACAUCAGCGGAAAACAGGGAGUUUCGAAUUUCGAGUGAGGCAGAAGUGUAACACAAAGAUCUUUUGAAAAGGAAGAAGCCGGGGUUUCUAUGCAAUGGCAAUAAGCCACUAUUUACACUGUAUGAUCUGUGGCAGCAGGAGCUCUUUGAAGCAAUAAAGCAGUGGUUUGCCACUACCAUCUAUGAGUAUGCCUGCUUGAUAGGAUUGUGGAGAUGGUAUUCAAUAGUCUGGGAUUGGUGCUAUAGAUUUUUCUUUAAAUAUGUUCCAUGUACAAUGAAUAAUUGUAAAUCAGAUUUAAUUUAAUCUUGACCAAGAAACUGCCUGAUAAUUUAGGAAAGAAGAUAAUGCGGCAUAAUAUAUACUUAUUCGAUUCCUUUUAGGCGGUUUUAUUGGAAAUUCAUUUUUUUUUAAAAAGGAAAUAGAAAUCAAUACUCAUGAGUCAUGAUCUAUGUGGCCAGCGUUGUCUAUUGGGAAAAGUUGAGGGUUUUCUAUUUCAUUAGCUCACUUCAUAUGUCUGAGGUAUUCUAGCUCUUAUAAAUGUAUUUGUUUUUAGCUAACUUGAAGAAACCAUUAACAUAUCUCUUUGCCCAUCUAUUUUCUAUUUUAUAUUCUUGUUUGGUAUCAGGCUAUUUAUUUCGUGACAUGUUACAGAUAUUCAUGAUAUUUAACCAAUCCAACUCAAUGGCAUCACCUCUCAGUUGUAUCGUGAGAUUUAUCUCUGCAGUUUGAAUCUACCCAUUUGUUAGGACUUAGGAGUGUGUUAGGAUGGACAUGGGAUUUCUGUUUGGCAUUUAUAAGGCUUUGGCCUUUCAGAUCACAGUAAAUAGCUUCUAUGAUGUGGUUCUCCCAAGGUUCGUAUCAAUUUGUAUUAGUGUCUUCAACCAUAUGUUAGUUGCAGGAAUGGUGCUGGCUGUAACAAUAAAAUUGUAGUGAUCAUUUGAUACUAGUAAGAAAGGGAGUUAGCACAAAGCCAGCCCACAUAGCCAAGGGGGCUGCAGAGCAUCCUGGAAUGUUAGGAUCCUAUUUAAAUAUAUGGGACUCAAGAUCCACAUCAGAAGUUUGAGAUUCUUGUGUGGCAUAUAUAUGGCCUUCAGCUGGCUCUCCUACCUUGCAAUGGUUGGUUCUGCGAAUGUAGCUCCGUUUGUCAUUGUUCUCUGUUAUGCUAAUAAACUUAAACAUCAAAUUCUGUCCCUUAAGGCUGCAU